AAGCUAAGAUUGUUUCCAAGUGAAUGGCUGUCGUUUUUCCACACCACACUGCCUACAAUCCACACCAUCUCUUCCUUUAUAACUCUCUCUCCCUCUCUCUGUCUCUCUCUCUCUCCCGAGACAAUGGCAACCCUGCAUUCUCUUGCAUCGGCAUCUCCAGUCUCACACUAUUUGCAGCGGCCACGCUCUUCCUCAGGUAUAGUAUCUUGGGCUGUUCAUCAAAGUGCACAGUCCUCAUUCAAUGGCCGAUCUCUUCGCCUACCCUGUCUUCACCUGCCUCGUCUGAGGCUAUCUCCUCUAAGACGGAACUCCCGUGGGCCCGUUACAAUGAUGGUCAAACCGAAGAUUCAGUUCAUCCAAGGCACUGAUGAACAGACGGUUCCAGAUGUGAGGUUAACCCAGUCAAAAGAUGGCACAAAUGGUAUGGCUAUCUUCAGGUUUGAACAACCCUCAGUUUUUGAUUCGUCCGGUGAAGUUGGUGAUAUCACUGGCUUUUACAUGAUUGAUGAGGAAGGGGUUCUUCAGUCAGUUGAUGUGAAUGCCAAAUUUGUCAACGGAAAGCCUGCAGGAAUUGAAGCUAAGUAUAUAAUGCGGAGUCCACGAGAGUGGGACAGAUUCAUGAGAUUCAUGGAGAGAUACUCGAAUGAGAAUGGCUUGCAAUUCAUCAAAAAAUGAGGCAACGUAUAUCAUUUUCUCUCGUCUUAAUCUCCACUUUCAUCUGUCAUGAUGUUGAUUUUUGUAAUUUAUCAAGUGAAGCUUGGGAGGACUUGGUUCACGUGGAUAUUAAAAUACUGCAUGCUCCUUCUCAUUUAACAAAUUGCACUGUUUUGGAGAUGUUUAAUUCAUUUUUUUGUUUCUUA